CCUCAAAGCGAUAUCGGCAGCGUAUCUAAUGUAGUUCCCUAUAUAGUAUUUCAUUCUGAGCCUUAGAUCAUCGCAAUGCCCAAGCCUUCACAUAUCAUGACUUCCUGCGAGAAAAAACCGUCUAUAUUACGUUUGACUGGAAAAAAGGAUACCAUUUAACUCAAACAUUUAUAAAAUUAUGUUGCUCGAUCAAAAAAAUAUGUGACUUUUUUGUGGAUAAUGUAAAAACCGCACACGCCGUUUCUUCAUCAUCAUCAUUAUUAUUAUUAUUAUUAUUAUUAUUAUUAUUAUUAUUAUUAUUAUUUCUUUCAAAAAUCAAAAUCUCAACUGAAAGAAAAGCGCGAGAAAAUGGACCAGUGCCCUGAAACUGACGGAAACCCAACAAACCAGUUCUGGCAACGAUUGCAGAGAGGACUGAGGCAUUACGACUUGCCGGAAACCGAAGACAGAACGAAGAAUCCACGACCACAUUCAACGAUUGAAGAGAUCACAAUGGUGGUGGUGGGGGAACCAUUCACCUGCCUCAGCUUGUGUGUAGAAGGCGGGAAGCAGUGUCCUGGUGGUUUGUUACUGGUACCCUCUUCAGCAUGGCUUCAGAAAGAACCCUCCAACAGUUCCAAUACUCAAGGAGAUCUGCAAACUUUACGAGUACACAAGGCUGUUACAUUUGACUCUUGUGGUAGAACAUUUUUGGACAUUUUCAACCCACCUCGCCGUGUCACUUACUUGAUGAACCUUUCCACGGGUGAAAACUUGUGCGUUGCCAAUAAUCUGGAUUUCGAGAUGGAUUUAGUAUGCCCAGUGGGAGUCACAGAGAAGUUAGCGCGGCGUUUAGAUAAUCGAAUUGUCACGCGCGUUCUGACAGCGGACGCUGGCGUAGCCUAUCCUGACACCCUGGCAUUCUCGUACAGACCAAGAAUAUCCUACAAUCCUGGAACACACAGUAUAUUUGUGAUCCCACUUGAAGAUGUACGAGAGAGCGAAGCGACGAUCACGAAGGAGCUAGGUGUUUUUAUGGGUUCUAUGUCGAAUAAAGGGAUAAAAAAGGUAGUCGUGAAAGCGCCAGGGUCAGGAUCACCUAAAACGUUGUAUUAUUCUACCAAAGACGUAGCGGGCGUUUACAGCGCUGUGUGGCAGACGCUGAUGGCCUUGGAAGAGGCGGAGAUGCAAGGGAGUGUUGUUGUGGAGUCAUUCUGUGAGACCGCUAAGCCAUUGCCAGUUCCUUGCCGGGAUUAUGAAGAACGCGCAGUCGGUAUCGAGACCAAGCCGCUGUCCAGCACAAUUCGAGCUGUCGUCUGCUCCACUCCUGACGGGAAUCAGCUGGUUUCAGAUAUCGUCUGCGGCGUUGGCCAUGCAGACAUGACGCUCCAUUGUACCAAUACAUUUCCGUUGUCAUUGGAAAGCUUUUUAAUUCAGUGGGGGUUACAAGAUGGAGCCAAAAUUAAGAAGAUAAAGUCAGUGGUCAAGGAAAAAGCGGAGACCAUUCUUGAAAGGUGGAUGAGGUACGAAAACAACAUGAACAAAGAAGAACGCGGGGCAUUAUCCGCAAGUAAAAGUGUUUUAGGUGUCAAUUUUAUCCUGACCCAAAAGGAAGACGGCAGUUACGACGCCGUGGCUAUAAGUAUCAAUAACAGCAGGAAAGCCAUCGCGAACACGCAGAUCUACGAGUCUCAAAACCCUGUCAAGCUUGGGAGUAGUCUACGACCCCUAGUGGCAACCAUGGUGAACCGUAGUCAGAGAUUCCUUCUGCGAGGAAAGAAAAUUCUUCUCAUAGGCGCCGCAGAAAACUUUGUUUGGGAAGCCGGGGAAGAAUAUGAUAUUAAGAUAGUUUUGAUCGAUCCAAAUCCCAAUCACAGUGCGGCUAAAAGAGUUCACAAGUUUAUUCAGUGUGAUAUAGGAGACCACACCCAUGAUGACGACAAUACGGAGAAGAUUGUUCAAAUAGUACGUGCACAUAAUCUAGCCAUAGACGGCUGCAUGACCGUGGUGGAAGAUUACGUUCCAUUGGCGUCACUGGUGUGCAAGGCACUGCGCAUGAUCGGAAGUUCACCUGAGGUCGCAAGGAUAUCCAAGAAGAAAAGCCUCACCCAAAGAGCUUUAGAAGAAGAAAGCUCUAGAAACAAAAUCCCUUUUUUGCCCAACCCCUCUCUGUUUGCCAUCAAAACUCUCGAAAUUAACCAACCCGGGGAUGUGACGGGCUCGUCAAACCUUAUCCAAUACCCCGCCCUUUUGAAGCCAGAGUACGGGUGUUGUUCCUUUGGAAUAGCCUUAGUCAAGGACGAGAAAGAUUGUAUGAAGCGCUUUAUAAGCACCCAGAAUAUCCUUAGGAUGUCGGAGGAAAUAUGUUUCGGGAUGAAUCACGGAAACGAAAUGCACUUAGCUGAAUAUGCACAAGGAAUCAAACACGGAGUAGAAGUGGUCGUCUUUAGGGGCAAACUUAUAGCGGCAUUCAUCUCAGAUUGUGGUCCUUCACGCCUCCCACUGUUCUUUGAGACUACAGCAUGUAUGCCCUCGUGUUUACCCCUUGAUAAGCAACAGCAGCUAGUUACAGCAACGUCCCAAUGUCUUACCGCAAUUGGUGUCACCGACGGUGUCUUUAGCGUUGAGUUUAAAACGACUCCUACGGGACCAAAACUGAUAGAGAUAAAUGGGCGGGUGUCUUCGGUGUUCUAUCGCAAUUGGAUACGGAUUAUCUACGAAGUGGACAUCCUUUUCCAAAAUUUUCUGAUCGCGUGUGGGAUUCAACCGUGCGUCCAACCGCUAGAGCCUUCUUGCCAACUCAUGGGGGUUACGUGUUUCCAAACAGCUCACGCCAAAGUGCUGACACGACCGGGAGUUGCUACGCCAGAUAUCCUUGUCGAAGCUCACGAGCGGGGAGAAAUAAUAUUCUUCGACAUUAGCCCGCCUGUAGAGGAUGAAAGAGUUCACGAAAAGGAAUUAUGUCAGAUAGCCGUAAAAGGAGAAUCAGUAAGUGAUGCGAAGAGAAAGCUGUUGGCAAUAUGUAAGAAAUAUGGCGUCGACAACCCAGAGUAUCAAGUGGAACACAUGCUUUCCACAUUUGUUGAGUUUCCAAAACUCUAAAUGAAAUGUCUGCCACUUAUUUGAAAAUGGAUUAUACUUUUUCUUAGAAGUUUUGCUAAGUUUACCGGUAGCCGGAACGGUGCGGUUAGAAUAAUUUCAAGAUCAAUAGAUACCCUUCCAGCAAUGUGCAUAAUAAGGGGGGUAGGUGUGACACUUUUGUGGUAGAGGAGCACAGGUAUAUAAUAAUCUAAGAUUCUUGCCUAAGGAAAAUAGUGGCUGAAUGUUGUUUGAAAUUAUAAAACACUGUAACUUUUUGAUCUAGGGCUCCGGUAAACGUACUAUUUUCAAAAAUAUAUUUAGUGAUUAAUUAUAUCAAAAUAAUGGUUCAAGGAUGAGAGGGCUUGGUUUGUGGUCUUUACUCCCCCCGACACAUUUCUGUGUUCCGUUGCAAUUUGCAGGAAGCUACCCCUUUUUUAAUAUUCAGACAGGGCAUGCUCUGACUGGAUCAGUGGAUAUUUCUGAAAUGUGUACUACAUGUAGUACUUUAUAUCAACAGCAAGUUCGAUAUGGAAGACCUGUUUUCCAGUCACUACUUGGAAGCUGCAUGCAUGGUCUUUUGAGCACCUUAUUUGGAUAUUUUUGGUGUUGGACACAACUGCUUUAUCAUUAGUGUCUAUUAUGGUUAUUGCCGUUUCUUUACUGUGCUUUACUUUUAUUUGCUUGUUACCAUUAUUAUGGAUUUUCAUCAUUUUGGUUGUUGAUACUAUGUAUUUACAUUAGAAUGUAGUAUCAGAUAGUUAGACCCGAAGAUAAAUUUGUUCAAAGAGACUGCAUAUCGUAAAGAACACUAACAUGCCAGUAAGGAAAAGAGUACAAGUAAGAGAAACAAAGAGUGCAAUUACUGUAUAGUUACAUGUGACAACAAAAGAGCCACGUUAUUAUAUUAUUGUGAUUGUAUUACUUGAAGUUGUAAACUAUAUGGUCCAGUUUCACACCGUUGCAUAAUUAGGAAAUGGCAAUAAUUUGAUUGACAGGAAACAAUGGAGAGUUAUGGAAAAAACUUAGUAACAAUAGAUUGCGUGAGAGCAUAAAACUUACGCUAAAACUAAGUUAAGGAUUGAAAAUAAAUUUAACAAAAGGUUGUUAUGGAAAGUUUUGAAAGUAACAAAGAGACAGUGUGAGACAUCGUGGUAUUUGAAUGUGGCGUGAUAGGCUUAAAAGGAAUAUUUUAUGAUUGUUAAAUCUGAAUGCCCGAAUAAACUCCCUGGCUGACAAAAACGGGUUUUUCUCCUCACUGUCUC